AUUACCACCCUUUUCCAACUUUCUUCCUCUCUUUACUCCAAUAGAUCCUGUCCUGUUUUCAUGACAUAAACUAUCAGCAGCUUGUUUCCACUUUUGUUGUAAUUCCACACUGAAUCCAAAAUGUUCCAUUCAUUCAAAUUGUUAUAUUAGCAUUUCUUCAACUUUCUUUACUUUUUCAUAUUAGUUCAUGAUGGCCUCCUUAAUGCUCAAUGGAGCUCAAAAUCCAAAGCUCAUUAAUGGCAUAGCUCCACACGGGUUAGGCUCAGCAGGUCUUAACAUUCACAACAAGUGCUUCUUCAGAAAGGGUGUCAGAAGAAACAUGACACUCACAUGUAGCAUCUCAGCUUCUAGACCUGCUUCUCAGCCUAGGUUCAUUCAACACAAGAAGGAAGCAUUUUGGUUCUACAGGUUUUUGUCCAUUGUGUAUGAUCAUGUCAUAAACCCUGGUCACUGGACUGAAGAUAUGAGAGAUGAGGCAUUGGAGCCUGCUGAUCUCUAUGACCGUAACAUGAGAGUGUUGGAUGUUGGAGGAGGAACUGGCUUCACCACUCUUGGCAUAGUGAAGCAUGUGGAUGCCAAAAAUGUUACAAUUCUUGACCAGUCACCUCACCAGCUGGCCAAGGCUAAGCAGAAAAAACCCUUGAAAGAGUGCAAGAUAAUUGAAGGAGAUGCAGAAGAUCUUCCUUUUCCUACUGAUUAUGCAGAUAGAUAUGUUUCUGCUGGAAGUAUUGAAUACUGGCCAGACCCACAGCGUGGCAUUAAGGAAGCAUACAGAGUGCUGAAAAUAGGAGGCAAAGCUUGUGUUAUUGGUCCUGUAUACCCAACAUUUUGGUUGUCUCGGUUCUUUGCAGAUGCGUGGAUGCUCUUCCCCAAGGAGGAGGAGUAUAUUGAAUGGUUUAAAAAGGCCGGUUUCAAAGACAUUAAGCUGAAAAGGAUUGGUCCAAAAUGGUAUCGUGGUGUGCGUAGGCAUGGCCUGAUCAUGGGUUGUUCUGUGACAGGUGUGAAGCCUUUAUCAGGAGACUCUCCCCUCAAGCUUGGUCCCAAGGUAGAGGAUGUAAAGAAGCCUGUAAAUCCAUUUGUGUUUCUUUCGCGGUUCAUUCUUGGUGCAAUAGCAGCCACUUACUUCGUGCUUGUGCCAAUUUACAUGUGGUUCAAAGACAAAAUUGUUCCAAAGGGCAUGUCUAUCUAAGAUUGGACAAAGUAACUCUGGUAGAAUGGUCAAGUUUUUCACCUAUACAUAGUAGGAAAGAGUUACUUCAUGAUGACAUUAUUGCUCCUAAGCCAUUAGCUUAGUUUUGUGCCACUAGCUAGCUUCAGUUGUUUUGUUGGAGGGGAUGCUAUACCUGCAGCAGAUAUGCCAAGUUUAGUUUGUAUUUGCCAUUGUUGCUUUGGCAGAGAUAUAGAAUGUGUGCUCAUUGCCUCUUGAGUAAUGAACCAUGUCAGGAUCAGCAAAAUAUUGUGCUGCAUUUGCUUUCUUUGUACCAAAUAGCAUGAAAAAUUAACUAUGAAUACAAAUGUGAUUGAUUUAGCUGAUAUUUGUAUGUGUGAAGGAUGGUGAUGGCAAUUUUAACUACAGUUAAAUGUGUUGGAAAUUUUCUUUCGGUAAUCCUCAAUACAUUUAUUUACCCUUAACAAGAUCU